CCGACUGACUGUCAGUUGUUGGUGAGAGCAGUUCGAAGAAAGUGAAAAAACAUCGCGGCUUCGGCUUAGAGUUCACGGCGACCUCCUCCGGAUUCGAUUAGGCUUUACAUUUAAGUGCUUAUGGUGCAUUUUGUCAUCAUUCCCAGUGUUUGAGGGGGCAAAAGAAAAAUUUGAUUGCCCAAAAUUCGAUUGCAUAGUGAAUUUUUAAUCCAGUGGAUUAGGAACGGGCACUUUUCCUGAUUUGUUCGACCUAUGGGAAAAUAACGUUCCCGAAGAGAUGGCAAAAGUUCGGAAAAAGCCAACGAGGUGUUACGAAAGUGCGUGAGAUGAAAAGUGUGCCGUCGAAACGGAAGUGGCAAGUCAGCAAACAAACAAACAUCGAGAAAAUUUCAGUUGCUCCAGUUUUGUAGUGUUUCUUUUUUUUUUUUUGUGUGCCUCGCAUAGUUAUCAAUAUUGUUUGAGUUGGAGCCGAAGUAUUGGAAGCAUACGCCAAAGUUCAGAGACAGCACGGAAUAAUAGCUGACGGUGGUGGUGCAAUGUUCAGCCAGUCGCCGUUUGUGAAACCGCGUCCGUCCACCGCAACACGAAAUCCACGCCGCGUUGACGAAUGACUGGGCUUGCUGUCUGUUCACAAGAGAGCCUAGCGCCUCCGCUGCAGUCACCAAUCAGCGUCCACCCCGAGGAGAGCUUUGCUGGAGCAGCGUAUAAUAUGGCACUCUGUGAGGCCCACGCGAUCGUACUAAUCUCAUGAUACGUCACGCGGCAUUUAUUGGAGUCGAGCCGUUUUGCUGCAGAACAGUACGAACACAACUCGAUCGAAUCGCGAAACAAGGUGUUGGUGGUGAUUGUUGCUGCUGUAGUUCAAACGAAAGAGUGCAACUUGAGUGCUGCUGAAAUCGAGAAGAAACAAAAAAAUCCAAUGGCAACGAAAGAGUUGUCUCGAAGAUUUUGUUGGUAAAGUGCCCCCAUAGUUUUGGAGCGGUGGAUGGAGUGUCGAAAGAAGGGCAGAAAUUAAAUUUGAUGAAAAUUAAGUGCUGAGCUGAGGCAAUUCAGUGUGGGGUUUCAUCGUGGUUCGAAAAAGAAUAGUUUGGAGAAGUUUUUUUUAUGUGGGGAGAAUAAGUGAGAGGGAGAGGUGAAUUAAGUGCAAAGAAUAAGGGAAAAACUUGUGGAAAAGAUUGUGCAAGUUAGAAUGGAGUUGGUACCCUGAUUGAAGAUAUAUUUGAAUUCAGAAGAGUGGAACUUGGAACAAAAGUUGUGACAACAAUUUCCGUUGGGUUUUUUUUGACGAAUGAAAAGGUGUUUCUGAAUCGAUCAAUGAUAGGUGUACGAAUUUCGUCGAACUCUCGAUAGCAACACAGUAAGACUCGAACAGAAAAACCCCGCAGUUCCCACAAAGAAUGUUGGAAUUGGUGCAGCGACAUCUGAAGAAUAACUCCAACAAACAGAUUCAUACGGGCCCGUACGGUUGUCACCACUGCAACUCGGUGUCCAUCAUAUCGUAGUCGGGGAUUGGUGGGAAAAGAGACCAAUCAGGCGGAGGGUGGUCCACAAUCAGCGCACGGAAGGUGACAGCUGACAGAUCCAAUGAAGAUGACAACCUCCAACUCGGCAAACGACGGCGCCGGAGGCACGUCUAGCUGCAAUGCGCAUCGGAAAGGUCAUAGACGGAAUGAGUCCAUGUACGCGAUGACCGGCCUUUACGCGGAGGCCCAAACCGAUGACAGCAGCGCGGACAUCCCCCAGGACACCGAACCAGAGGAAUCGCUGCCUACCUCGAUCAAUACUGUCACCACGGAUACGGUGAUUAAGUGCCACAGCCGGCAGCCAUCGAACAGUGUCAUGAUGAUGGAGCGGGAAAAACCGCUCCCCAACGUGCUGCUCGACAAUGAGGACUACUCCCGGGAUUGUGGUAUUCUGACCUGUCGACCGUCGGCGAUUCAGAAGUUCGCCAGGAUCAAGGUGUUUGUGCUGCUGUUAUCGAUUCUGGUAACUCUGCAGCAGGCGCUCAGUUCUGGGUAUAUCAACUCGGUGAUUACGACCAUCGAGAAACGAUUCGAGAUCCCCUCGAGUCUGUCCGGAUUGGUGGCGUCCAGCUACGAAAUCGGAAACGUUAUUACUGUAAUUUUUGUGAGCUAUCUGGGCAGUCGGAGGCACAUUCCUGUGUGGAUCGGAAUUGGUGCCGUUAUCAUGGGAAUCGGUUCGCUGGUGUUCAUGGUGCCGCACUUCACCGGGGAGCCCAAUCCGGGCAUCAUGAUUGACAAUAAAACUGCCGACAACAUUUGUCGGCUGGUAUCGGUGCGGGAGCAGGACAUGGGGCUGGGUCGGCUAUCGAAUAGCCUUUCGAACCCUCCGCUAACGACGCACAACUUGAGGGGUGACAACUGUCUCAAGAGUAAAGCAUCGACUUUCGGGCCAGUGAUACUGUUCGUCAUAGCGCAGAUUUUGCUCGGUGGAGGGGGAAGCCCGCUGUUCACGCUCGGUACCACGUACGUAGACGAUCACGUACGGAAGGAAAGUUCAUCGAUGUAUAUAGGAGCAAUGUACAGUAUGGCCGCGUUUGGUCCAGUGUUAGGCUUCCUUUUGGGGGCGUAUCUACUUUCGUUUCACAUGGAUUCGUUUUCCGGCAGUGAUAUCAAUAUAGACCAAGACGACCGCCGAUGGGUGGGCAUGUGGUGGGGUGGAUUCCUAGUGUGCGGCAUCCUUUUAAUACUGGUCGCCAUCCCAUUUUUCUCCUUUCCCAAGGUUCUCACCAGGGAAAAGAAGAAAAUUCGAAUCGCCGAACAGAAAUUGCCUCAGCUGCAGCAAUUGUCGGCAAACAAUUCCAGCAGCUUGUCACGGCCACCACCGCCAAAUCAAUCACAGACGCAUCAACUGCAGCAGCAACCUAGCCAACAACAACAGCAGCAGCAGCAAACGUUGGGUGGCAGCAGUCAGUCAGGGUCCAGCAGUAAACCACACGAGGACACCGGAUAUGGAAAGGAUAUUAAAGAUAUCCCUCUGUCAAUGUGGCGUCUGGUGACCAAUCCGGUGUACAUUGUUACCUGCCUAGGAGCGUGCAUGGAGCUGAUGAUUGUUUCCGGUUUCGUCGUUUUCCUUCCAAAGUACCUCGAGACACAAUUCAGUCUCGGAAAAAGCCAAGCCAGUGUCUACACCGGAUCGAUUGCCGUUCCCGGAGCGUGCAUUGGCAUCUUCAUCGGUGGAUGCAUUCUGAAACGGUUCCAGCUGAAGCCGAAAGGAGCGGUACAAUUUGUUUUAGUUUCUAAUCUUGUCUGUCUUUCCUGUUAUGGGCUGCUGUUCUUCUUGGGCUGUGAGAACCUGAAGAUGGCUGGGACAACCAUUCCCUACUACAACAGUUCACCGGCCCACAACGUGGAACCCUUCCAGGUUAAUUUGACCGCAGCGUGCAACUUCGGUUGCGAGUGCCACAUGUACGAUGUCGAACCGGUCUGCGGUAAUAACGGAUUGACCUACUUCAGUCCGUGUCACGCCGGUUGUACGGCGUUCUCUUCCAGUUCAAAUUAUACCAACUGUGCUUGUGUUCAAGCGAACGUAACCAACGUAUAUACGGGGGCGGAGGGAGCUCAAGCGCAAGCUCUGAAUGCCCACGAAAACUUUGCCGAAGUAACCGUAGUUCCUGUGGCCACUGCCGGCGUUUGCAACAAACCCUGUCGGACGAUCUAUCCGUUCCUGAUAUUGUUGUUCUUCAUGACGUUCGUCGUUGCCUCGACGCAGAUGCCUCUGUUGAUGAUAGUUUUAAGGUCGGUUUCGGAAGAGGAACGUUCGUUCGCUCUCGGGAUGCAGUUUGUGAUAUUCCGCCUGUUUGGAUAUAUUCCGGCGCCAAUCGUGUUCGGCAAUCUGAUCGAUUCAUCCUGUUUGCUGUGGAAGUCCACCUGCGGUGAGAAAGGUGGUCGAUGUCUCAUUUAUGACAUCGAAAAAUUCCGAUACAAAUAUGUGGGUGUAUGUGCGAGUAUAAAAAUUAUUGCUCUUGCCAUAUUUAUCAUCGAUUGGUGGUUGGUCCGACGGCGGAAGAAUUUAGACAAGCUGAACCCCAUGUCGGCGAAUGAGUUGGUUGGGUCGAUUAUCAGCUUGGAUAAACUGUUCGAAGAGAAAGGAAAUCUGGACGGUCAAGUAGUGCCAUUCAAUGGAGAAUGUAUCUCCGGUGAUUCGAUCGGCGAUAACAACAGUAAACGAGUGUUGAUUGCCAGCCGACAUCUGCGUAACGAUUCGAAAUCGAUUCAGUUGGAGUACAGGUAUGACGACGCCCCAGCGCAGCAUUACCACAGGCCCCGGAAGCACAUCCGCAGUAACUCCUGCGACAUCAAGAUCCAGCGAUCCAACUCUGCAACCAAUCGGGAAACGGAUUUCCAUGACUGGAAGCUGAAACGGUUCAUGCGGCAUCACACUCGGAACAACUCCCGAGAUCUGGACCAGGAGCACUGCUGCCGACAGCAGCAACAACAGGCCACUUCUCACUUGGGUCGUUGGAUUGCUCUGCAUAACAGUAACAACGAGCAGCCUACGUCCAACAUCCGGUACAUUCUGAACCAUCUGAAGAACAACAACGUGGACGGCCACAGUAAGCUGAACUACAGCAACAGUUGUAGUGGUGGGGCGCCAUGUAAUGCGCCAAAGAAGAAGAGACACACUCGGAACUAUUCGUACGGGCAGGAGUUCUCCUUCUUGCCGAACAAUGUCAUCAUCCGCUUGGACAAUGACAUUGCUAACAAGUUCCUAGCGAACAACGGAGGAGGCAGCAGUUCCCGAAAGAGUUCCUUCUCGCACGAUGUCAAUCUGUUGAAGCAUGCGAACAAACUGAACAACUGUGCCGGUGCUAGUGGAGUUGCUGGAGCAGGUGUGAGCGAUCUGACGGAGGAGCUGGAAUCCAAGUACGCAAAAGGGUCGCCCCAUAGCUACGGGCAUUCGCGAAACAACUCCAAAGACUUGAAUCUACUGAAUACGGUGGUUGGCGAAAGCAGUGGCAGUGGUGGCAUUUUGGGGGGCAUUAAGGCACUGAUCGAAGACUCGAACAGUAUACUGAGGCAUCGGCGAACGAAUUCAAAGGAUCUGAAGUACAGCGGCUAUCAGCCGUGUGAGCCAGCCAGCAGUGCAAGCAGUUGUAGUGUAAGUAGUAGCAAUAUUAGGAAAUUUUCCGGUAACGGAGAUGACCAUCUGGGGCAUCAGCACUAUGUCCAGCAUCAGCUGGGCCACCACCAUCAGGGAACGUCGGGGUUGGUCUCUGGCCCGACGCCAGCGGCAGUGACCGGAGUGGGAUCAAAUGGUGCCACGUCAGGGCAGGCGGAGUCAAUGCAACUUCUGAUGGACAAGGCCUCGAAUGUGCUGGAAGAGAACUGCAAUGAGUCCGGCUCGAAGUCAACGGAUGUUUAGCCGAUGGGGAGAUGGUUUUCGAGGGGAGUGGCACUCAGACGAAGGCCAAGUUGCCAGCAUGCCAUAUACGGUAUUCGUUUUUCCUCAGUCUUCUUGAUUGUUUCUGAGAUGUAAAGUUUCCUGCUGUCGAGAAACACAGUUGAAAAGCAGACUGUAAAAUGUUUCAAACUUUGGAAUUGAGUUUUAUAAUUUUGACGAAAAUGGCAAUAAAAAGGUUUCAGAAGAAUAAAACCGAAACUGUGUGCUCAUCUUUCUUAUGAGAGGAACAUUAUUGUGAUUAGUGCCCGUAGACAUCCCAUAGACUGCAUUUUUGAUUUAGGAUCAAAGAGAAGAACGAUCAUUUUCAAUUGUUGAGAAUUGGAGAGAGACGUUCAGUCGCUGUAAAAACGCCGAAAUAAAGAGGCGAGCUAUCUUCAAAUCUGAUAAGUUUUAUCUGUUGAAUACUAUGCAUCAAAAUUAUUUUGUGAGCACUAAGUAGUGCUCUUUGAUAUCACACAAAACACUGCUAACAAAUAUUCAAGGAACGUUUAUAUGUGGAGUAUAAAAUGUUCGCUAUUUUCUAAAAUUCAAGGAUUUACUUCAGUCAAAUUUCCGCCUGGCAGGUUGUAAUAUAAUCUCAACUCUUUGAAAAAGAUCAUUCUUCUGACCCUAAUACCAGUUCAUUAGUAUGUAAACCCAUAAUUUAGUUAAAUCAAUGUUUCCUUAUAAUCAACAAAACAUGGAAGAAGCCACACAGUAUCGAAAUACAGGAAGGGAAUCUCGAUGUGAAACAUGAAAAUCGUAGAACAUGCAGUCGAGGGAAAUGCGAGAAAUAUGAUAAAUCUCAAAACACAAACAACCUUCCAAAUAUUCCUAAUAAUGUUUAGAAAACGAAAUAUGAAAAUAAGCAAAGAUCCAGUAAUGCAAAUCAUUUUUUUAAACAAGUUAAACAAAAACUGAAAGAGAAAAAAACAGUAAUCACUGACGCUAGUUGUUGAAUCAAUUGAACAAACCCAGAGAACAAACCACUUACAGCAGAACAAAACUGGAUAAACUAGCAACACUGGAAAUCAUAGAAACAAAUGCCUAAUUUAUUGAGCACUCUAAAAAUAAGCAAAUCAAUAUUUUUAUACAAAAAAGAUAAAAGCCUAUUCACAUAACCCGGUUGCUGCUAAGCCGGGCGCGACUUAUUGUUAUCAACGUUUACUGAAGAUACGAUAACCCAGGCGCCAUUGAAAAAUCAAUCGAAAAUGCGAGUCAAUUCAAGCGCUGCUGGAAACAGAAGGGAAAGCCUCCUUCCUUAUGAAAAGAAAAAAUCAAGGUGGGAGUUACAGACAAAACGCGAAACGAGCAUGAACCAAGAGCUGUGAAUUAACUAGGUAAAGAGAAUCGAUCGUUAGUGAGUGUGAGUGAGCACAUGGGAAGAAAGGGAAUGAACAGGAGCAGGGAUGAGUUUUAGCCGAAUUUGUAAUGUGUUCAACGUUGUUGUGACUAGUGAGUCAUAUAUUAGUCGAAGAAGGCACUAGCUGGAAAAUUAUUCCUGUUUCCGUGGAUUUUAACGUAAAUGCUAAACAAAAAGUAGGCCCAUAGGUUAGAGAUGAGUGUGUUUUGCGAGUGAGAAUCCAGUAGAAAUUGAUUUUUCAAAUGUUAGUUUAUGGUAGGGCUUUGUUUUUCGCUAGAUUAGUUCUGAAUAGUGUAGUUGGAUUAGUCAAGCUUGGAAUCAAGAAUUAUCCACGCCGAAGCGUGCAAGCGUACAAGUUUUGUGUGAAUUAUUUUAUCUGAAGAAUAUCUUGUCUACAAUAGAACUUAUGCUGCUUACCAUAAAUUUCACCAUUUUGCUACUGUAGUAGUAUGGGUAAAGUUGAUAUUUCAUAGUUAUAUUGCGUAGCAAAAGAAGGCGAAGUAGAAACAUGUAAGCUUAGUUGCCAAAACAAAAACGUAGGUCGUCUAUGGCUUAGUUCGUUUCAAUCGAAACUUGUAGGAGUUUUGCCGUACGUUUAAACAGUUUUAAAUUCUAUUUCAAAUAAACAUUAAAUAUAUGCAUUAAUUUGGCAAUACUGUACUUUAACAAAAAUUACAAUAUUUAAAACUUUUACUAAGAAAGACUAAAAUUUUCGCAUACAUCAAAUGGUAAGCUGGGAAACGCAGAGUUGAAAAUAUAAAGAAAAGCAAACAUAUCGUGCAAUAUAACGCAAUAGUACACAACAAUUGCUGCGAAUCCGAUUCGGAGUAAGCUUUCGUUUCAAUUGAACAACAAGGUACAACUUCUCCUGCACUUAAUGAAGCAAUAGCAAUGUCUCAGCUGUAUAUCAUUCUCCUCUCCUUUGCAAAUGCGUCUUUACUGAAUAUAAUUUUGGCAUACAGCACGUUUUUGCACACCACAAGAAACUCACUCAAUCUCGUACUGAAAAAUACAAUACUACACAAAUGUGGAAAAUGUGAAUCUUUGUCAAUUGAUCUAUGAGCUAUUCUCUAAAACCAGUACUAACAUUGUUUGCACUCCACUGUAGAAGAGAUGUAACGCUCGCACUAUCAAGCGCAAAACCAAAACGCUGUAUACAUACACACACAAAUGAAAUCUUUGAUGAUACGCUCUACGGAGAAGCGGGAAAUAUAGAUCUGAAAAUAUGACAGCGAGGAAUGUACAACAAAGAGAAUUGAAAGUGCAGACUAAGGCGAUGCAAGGAUAGUUAAUAGGAUGCGAAUAAUAAAUGAAUUUAUAUAAAAUAA